AUGACUACUACACAGCUUCCCAUCUCGGAUUCCGAGAGAUACGACUAUGUGAUCGUCGGCGGUGGUACCGCUGGAUGUGUGAUCGCAUCUCGUCUCGCCGAGUACCUGCCAAACAAGAGAAUCCUCCUCAUCGAGGCUGGUCCCAGUGAUUAUAUGGAUGACCGUGUCUUGGAUCUGCGGCAAUGGCUUAACCUGCUCGGUGGUGAGCUGGACUACGACUAUGGCACAACAGAACAGCCCGAGGGUAACUCAUACAUUCGUCACUCACGUGCCAAGGUGCUGGGUGGCUGCUCCUCUCACAACACCCUCAUCUCCUUCAGACCAUUUGAGUAUGACCUGAAGGUGUGGCAAUCAAUGGGAGCCAAGGGAUGGACAUUUGAGACUUUUAUGAGAGUCUUGAACAAGCUGCGCAACACUGUUCAGCCCGUCCACGAGAGGCACCGAAACCAGCUCUGCCUGGACUGGGUCGACUCUUGCAGCAAGGCCAUGGACAUUCCCGUCCUCCACGACUUCAACAAGCACAUUACCGAGUCCGGCGCUCUGCAGCAGGGUGUUGGUUUCUUCUCCGUCAGCUACAACCCAGAUGACGGCCGCCGGUCCAGCGCAUCGGUUGCUUAUAUCCACCCCAUCAUCAGAGGCGAGGAGAAGCGGCCAAACCUGACCGUGCUCACCAACGCAUGGGUUUCCAAGCUGAACAUCAAGGACGGUGUGGUCAACGGUGUCGACUUGAAGCUCCAGGACGGUUCGCCCCGAACCAUCACCGCCAAAAAGGAGACUGUUCUCUGCGCCGGUGCUGUCGACACGCCGAGAUUGAUGAUGCUGUCCGGUGUCGGACCCAAGGAGCAGCUCUCGUCCCUCGGCAUCCCCGUGGUGCAUGAUCUGCCUGGAGUUGGUGAGAACCUCCAGGACCACCCCGAGAGUAUCAUCAUGUGGGAGCUCAAGAAGCCCGUUCCCGAGAACCAGACCACCAUGGACUCGGAUGCCGGUAUCUUCCUGCGACGUGAGGCACCCAACGCUGGCGCCAAGAAGAACCCUUCCAACCCCGCCGGUAUCCCCGACGGCGAUAUUGCCGACGUCAUGAUGCACUGCUACCAAAUCCCCUUCACCCUCAACACCACCCGUCUGGGCUACCCAGAGAUCAAGCACGGUUACGCCUUCUGCAUGACCCCCAACAUCCCCCGUCCCCGCUCCCGCGGCCGUCUGUACCUGACCUCGUCGGACCCCAACGAGAAGCCCGCCCUGGACUUCCGCUACUUCACCGACGCCGAGGGCUACGACGCCGCCACGCUGGUGCACGGCAUGAAGGCGGCCCGCAAGAUUGCCGAGCAGGCCCCCUUCAAGGACUGGAUCAAGGCCGAGAUCGCGCCCGGGCCCAAGCUGCAGACGGACGAGGAGCUCAGCCUGUACGCCCGCAAGGCCGCGCACACCGUGUACCACCCGUGCGGCACCACUCGCAUGGGCGACGUGGCCAGCGACAAGCUCGCCGUCGUCGACGAGAAGCUCAACGUUGCCGGCCUCAAGCGCCUGCGCAUUGCCGACGCCGGUGUCUUCCCCACCAUCCCUACCAUCAACCCCAUGCUCACGGUCCUCGGUGUCGCCGAGCGGUGCGCCGAGAUCAUUGCCGAGGAGGCCGGCUACAGCGCUAAGCUGUAA